AUCACAUCAAUACUCAACAUGGGGUCAUUCACAGAAGAUUCAAUAAUCACUAUCUUUGAGAAGUUGACAGACGAGGGUAUAAUCAUUUACGGUCCGCACGAGGUGGUCAAGAAAGAUUAUAAUGGUUUUCCUAUCGAAUUUCGUAUCUGCCCUUCCCUAACCAGAAAACCCCACACCGUGGGAGCUGCAUUGGACCCAACAUACCAAAAAGCGCGAAAAUGGGGUCCAGGCAGCGACAUGUACGUGCCAGAUGAGCGCCUAGUCCUUGCACGAUUGGGCAACACUCACGACCUGGCAUUGAACCUGUUUUGCGUGGACAAGCCACAACUUAUCUUGCUCACGGUGGAUUCUUAUCGAAGGCAGCACGAGCCUCUGGACCGUGAGGAUUUUGCGGCUGCUUUGACAACGAUGGACAGCCUUCCAAACAUGUACAUCAUUUAUAACUGUUCAGAGAAGGCAGGCUGCAGUCGUGUUCACAAGCAUAUGCAGGGAUUACGAGGACCUCCGGAAGCUUUUGAGGCGUAUGUAGAGGGAAGCAAUGGCCAGACCACAGUGCCGAUCUUGUACUUCAGCUGGCAUUUUGUCGACGGAUUUGGGAAGACGGCCGCCGGGGAUUUAGAGCACAAUUAUCGGAAACUAUUGGACCAAGCGAAAAGUGCUACCGACUGUCUUGAAGGGGAAAUAUGUCCCCACAAUGUAGUUCUUUGGAAGGACUGGAUGAUAGUCAUCCCCAGAAGGAACGCUUUCGUAGAGAAGGCCAGCGCAAAUGCUGCAGGGAUGCUAGGUUCGGUUUGGGUCCCUGAUCAAUCUUUGGUGGAUGAAUGGAUCCGGAUCGGGCCGCUCAAUGUGUUCAAGGGACUGGGUAUUCCCCGAUAG